AUCGUGUUGCCUCCACGCUAACGGGAGGUGACAGCUUUGCCCGAGACGUCAAUCUACUCUGAGGGUGUGGAAAAUGAAAGUAGCAGGAAGGGCAUUGGCGGGCGUGAUAACCGUGAUGGUCUGGGCGGGGCACAGGGCGGCGGCAGGGAGGCCUGUGCCAGUGGGCAGCCGUGGACUCGCCGCCUCUGUCGAAGACGUGAUGCUCGGGACGCGGCAGGUAGCUGAGACGCACCUCGCUGGUUGUCAUCUGGUGCUGGUGUCUCCUGACCUCUAUGGUAAUGUGGAGAUGGUACACAGAUUAAUGGACCAGUCUGUGAGUCCCAUGGUGCUCCUGGAGGUGAACACUCGCGAUACAUCGGGAUUAAUUCACAAGGAACCUACAGAUCGAUCCCUGAAAGAAGUCUCAUUAAAACUCGCAGCAUUAGGGAGCAGCUCAAAGCCGUCCUGUCAAGGGUUGUUAGUGGAUCACACAGACGCCGCAACCUCCACACUCUCCUCGCUCCUGUACUGGUCUAAGCGGUGGCUGCAGUCCGAGACGAGGGUGGUGGUAAUGGGCAGCGAUCCUGAAGCAAACAGUCUUCUUGACAACUCUGCCCUCCGCAACACGCGCCUCGCCCUCUACAUAGCUCCUUACGCCAGCUCGCAGGGCAGGCGAGGCACAGUACAGAUCUACCGCAGGUGUCUUUAUUGUCAUGGUGGGAAUGCAGGUGUACAGCGACUCUACCGCUGGGACCUGGAUGGUGGCGUGCCACAGGACCUUAGGCUGUUCAUGAGCAAUGAAUAUAAGGAGAACUUCAACGGCCACCAAUUCCGAGUCGUGACGAUGACAUACUUCCCGUACGUCAACUACGUGCGUGUGAGCGAUGCUCCAGGCACUGUGGUGCGCCUCACGGACUCCCUCAACACGCGCAUGAUGGAAGCGCUCGCGCGUCACCUCAACUACAGCUAUGAAGUGCGUGAACCAGAGGACGGCCUGUGGGGCCUCGAGACCACUGGAGGCAACUGGACGGGUACCGUAGGAACUCUCCAGCAUGAAAAAGCAGAUUUUUCCAUGGAGCUGACGAUCACACUUCAGAGAAAGGCAGUGGUGGACUUCUGUCGGGCUUACAUCGGUGAAGACAUGUCCAUACUGUCCCUGAAGCCAACGCCUCUGCCUGAAUACUUAGCUUUAUUCAGACCAUUUGAAGGGACAUUGUGGGUUGCCGUGGUGGUGGGCACCUUCGUGUGGGGUGUGGCGUUGUGGGUGCUGCUGAUGAUAAAACAUGACGUCACGGAAAGGCACCGCCUGAGUCUUGCUUCAUCACUCUUCUACGGGUGGGGUCUGCUGCUGGAAGACCAUCCCUACGAGCCUCCUGUCACCAUCGCAGGCCAGAUGUUGGUAGGUGUGUGGCUCAUAGCCUGUUUCAUACUGAGGGCGUCCUACACGUGUUCUUUCAUAUCACAUCUUGUCGUUCAAGGAAAAUCUGCUUCCAUAAAUGACUUGGAAACGUUGGUUGGCCUUCGAAAAAGCGUUGGUUGGCAAUGGGGAACAGAGAUUUUUGAUGGCGCAUUUAACACCUUCUUGACCAUCAGUAACAACUCAGACUACCACACUGUCAAGGCUCACAUGCAGACAAUGGCGACAGAUGUCGGUAUUAAAAGGGUAUUAGAUGGCGGCUUUUCUUAUAUGCGUAAUUAUUACGCCACAAAGAUAUUGAUAGAAACCUUCCUCACGAAAGAGAAAGGCGAUAACCCAUUUCAUAUUGGGACCACCAAGUACCCUAUGUUUGCUGGAAACUCUUGGGCAUUCAGAAGAGGGACGCCCUUCAUAAGUCGCUUUGACACGGCCCUGCAGCAGCUUCUGGACAACGGGCUGAUAAUACACUGGAUGGAAGACGUCAUCAGUGAGCACAUACGACAGAAACGCCAGGAAGUGGAGGAUACUUCGGAGAGAACAUCACCGACACGUGUUGUGGUGAAGUGCAUUGUGGCAUCAGUCAAUAUAUCUGCCAACAUAUUGCCUUUCUUUUCCUUUUAGGCAGUUAAAUAAAACAGAUAGAUAGGUAAAUAGACGAAGAGGCAGAAAGAUAGAUAGAUAGUAAGACAGAUAUAUGGAUAGAUAUAUAAAUUGAUUGAUUGAUGGAUAGACAGACAGAUAGAUAGAUUUUAAAAAUUUUGUUGCAGAGCGAUGGAAGGCAGGUAAUUCUUGGGCUACUUCAGCUGCAGGCGACUUUCUACACGUUGGCUAUUGGGUUUGCAGCGGCGAGUGUGUUCUUCCUCGCUGAACACGUGGUCUAUAGUAAAUUCUGAGCGAUUACUGAAUAACGUGCUGUUUUCACUAAUUGAACCACUAUAUACUCUCUCUCUCUCUCUCUCUCUCUCUCUCUCUCUCUCUCUCUCUCUCUCUCUCUCUCUCUCUCUCUACGCUUUACUGUGAAAUUCUGUACACAGCAGAAAUUAACUAGAAAGAAAACAUGUCCGUCUAUCAGAUGUAUCCUAUCUGAAUUUGUAUCAAAGUUUAUUCUCUGUUGAACAUGUGUUCUGAUGCUAUCUGAUAUCAUUCUUGGGGAGCUUGAAUGACAGAACCAACUGAUACGAAAUUAUACUCUGAAGACAAUAAAAAGAAUAAAAAUCUAUA